CUUUCUUCCUUUCUUUAUUUUGUACUUCUACCCAAAGGGUGAAAAAAUAUGAUUGAAAAAAAUAAAUCCAACAUAAAAAAUACAUAAGAAAUUUUAUAAGCAAAACUAAUAAAAAUAAAAACUAAUAGCAGCACUGUACAAUAAGGAACCAUUAGUGAUCAUGACAUUACUUUAAAGCAUUUCUUCAUCUAUGUUAUGUUAAUUUGAACAUUUACUAAUAGAUUAAGUAUAUCAUUGAAUGGACCGUUGUUAAUUUUAACGAAUACAUUAACUAACGAUGUCUAUUUAUGAAGCUGUACUAAACUUGUUAUGAAAACAAUUGUGCUACUUUUCAGGGCUUACGUGGGUUGCGCGCGCGCUCCUCUUCCUGUGCUUCGGUUACCACAGCAACAAGUGAGCUUGUGCGCGCUUCCGUGGCCGCCUCGCAAGUAACAACAAACAACCGCAUAAACAGUUUUGUUUCUUCAAAAUAGGAGUUUUGUUCAAAUGCGGCGGCAAAAGUAUUUCACGCCGACGGAGGUAUCCCUUCACAACACUCUCAAAGAUAUAUGGGUGUCGUACCUGGGCAAAGUCUACGAUCUCACACCGCUGCUGGAGGAAAACAAAGGUGAUGUGUUGUUGAAACCCAUCAUAGAGUGUGCAGGAAAGGACAUCAGUCACUGGUUUGACCCGAAGACAAAGGAUAUUCUUACACAUGUUGACCUGAUGACUGGCUGCAUCAAAUACUACACCCCUAGGGGGCGCUUUUUACACAUACCCCCUCCCUGCCCUCGCACUGACUGGGCCAAUGAUUUCGGGAAGCCGUGGUGGAAGGAUAAUCGCUAUGAGGUUGGGCUGCUGUCUGCCAAAACACGCUGGAUCCGCAUUAUCAACACUUUAACCGCCCAAGAGCAGAGGCUGGAGGUUUGCUCUGAGGAGACUCUGGAUGAGAUUCUCCAGCGAUAUCUGUGCUACAAUUCCCAUGCAGCAAGCUACACCUGGAAGCACAAUGGCGUAAAUUUAGACAUGAGCAAGACCCUGAGUGAAAACGGUAUCCCUGAAGAGGACGAGUUUUACUGUGGAAGCCCAGAGUGUAACCUCUUCUCUCCAUCCAUAUGUCUAUAUUUCAACGACGACCUCACUGAACUCUAAGAAACGCAUGCUAUUAAAAUGAAUAAUGGCAUAUAAUUCAUUAGAAUUUUCACUGCAUGCCGUUUUGAGCGAGAAGAAUAUACCACAUCAACUAUUCAUGUGUUCAGUGUUUCAUCGAUUCCUGUCUGUGGUUAUCUUAUUGCAGCUCUGUGCUUCAUCCAAUCAAAUGCUGAGCAACAGAAUAAAAAAGAUUAAUGCCAGCCUACAUAAUAACCCCCUGAACCAUUAAGUCUGGUGGUUGCCAUGGUAAUUGCUCGGAGGAAAUGCUGUAGCUACUGUAUUGUAGGCCCCAGCAGGCUCUCAACCCUAAUUAAGUAGUAUUAUAUAUGUAUGCAUGUACACACAAAUGAUUUCAUGCAGCCAAGAUUUCAAUUUAA